CCCUUUGAUGCCGCAGAGCUCCCCCAGCGCCGCCGCCACCGCCUCCGACAUGGACAAGAACAGCGGCUCCAGCAGCUCCUCCGCCUCUUCGGGCAGCAGCAAAGGGCAACAGCCCACCCGCUCCGCCUCUGCAGGGCCGGCCGGCGAGUCUAAACCCAAGAGCGAUGGAAAGAACUCAAGUGGAUCCAAGCGUUAUAAUCGCAAACGUGAACCUUCCUACCCCAAAAAUGAAAAUUUUAUCAACCAGUCCCGUCGCUCCAAUUCACAGAAAAGCAAAACUUUUAAUAAGAUGCCUCCUCAAAGGGGCGGCGGCAGCAGCAACAAACUCUUUAGCUCUUCUUUCAAUGGUGGAAGACGAGAUGAGGUAGCAGAGGCUCAGCGGGCAGAGUUUAGCCCUGCCCAGUUCUCUGGUCCGAAGAAGAUCAACCUGAAUCACUUGUUGAAUUUCACUUUUGAACCCCGUGGCCAGGCAGGUCAUUUUGAAGGCAGUGGACAUGGCAGCUGGGGAAAAAGGAACAAGUGGGGGCAUAAGCCUUUUAACAAGGAAUUGUUUUUACAAGCCAACUGCCAGUUUGUGGUGUCUGAAGACCAAGACUACACAGUUCAUUUUGCUGAUCCUGAUACCUUAGUCAACUGGGACUUUGUGGAGCAAGUGCGCAUUUGUAGCCAUGAAGUGCCAUCUUGCCCAAUAUGCCUAUAUCCACCUACUGCAGCCAAGAUAACCCGCUGUGGACACAUCUUCUGCUGGGCAUGCAUCCUGCACUAUCUUUCAUUGAGCGAGAAGACCUGGAGUAAAUGUCCCAUCUGUUACAGUUCUGUGCAUAAGAAGGAUCUCAAGAGUGUUGUUGCCACAGAAUCACAUCAGUAUGUUGUUGGUGAUACCAUUACAAUGCAGCUGAUGAAGAGGCAGAAAGGGGUGUUGGUGGCCUUGCCCAAAUCCAAAUGGAUGAAUGUAGAACAUCCUAUUCAUCUUGGAGAUGAACAGCACAGCCAGUACUCCAAAUUGCUGCUGGCCUCGAAGGAGCAGGUGCUGCACCGGGUGGUUCAGGAAGAGAAAGCAGCACUAGAGCAGCAGCUGGCAGAGGAGAAGCACACUCCCGAGUCCUGCUUUAUUGAGGCAGCUAUCCAGGAGCUCAAGACUCGGGAAGAGGCUCUGUCAGGAUUGGCUGAAAGCAGCGGGGAGGUUGCUGGUGUCGUGGCUGCUCUGGAACAACUGGUGCUGAUGGCUCCCUUGGCGAAGGAGUCCGUUUUUCAACCCAGGAAGGGCAUGCUGGAGUAUCUGUCUGCUUUUGAUGAAGAGACCACAGAAGUUUGUUCUCUUGGCUCUCCUCCUCGUCCUCUUGCUCUCCCUCUGGUAGAGGAAGAGGAAGCAGUUUCUGAACCAGAGCCUGAGGGGUUGUCAGAGGCCUGUGAGGACUUGGAGUUAGCAGAAGACAAUCUUGGAGAGGGGACCAUUUGUACCGAGUCCAGCCAGCAGGAACGCGUCACCAAGCCAAGCAUCACACACCUGAGCAGCUCUCCUUGUUACUACUUUUACCAAGCGGAGGAUGGGCAGCACAUGUUCCUGCACCCCGUGAAUGUGCGCUGCCUCGUGCGGGAGUAUGGCAGCCUGGAACAGAGCCCUGAGAAGAUCUCAGCCACGGUGGUGGAGAUCGCUGGGUAUUCCAUGUCUGAGGAUGUGCGACAGCGUCAUAGAUACCUCUCUCACUUGCCGCUCACCUGCGAGUUCAGCAUCUGUGAACUGGCUCUGCAGCCUCCUCUGGUCUCUAAGGAAACCCUAGGGAUAUUCUCAGAUGAUAUUGAGAAGAGGAAGCGGCAGCGCCAGAAGAAGGCCCGGGAGGAACGUCGCCGAGAGCGCCGGAUUGAGAUGGAGGAGAACAAGAAGCAGGGCAAGUACCCAGAAGUCCACAUUCCCUUAGAGAAUCUACAGCAGUUUCCUGCCUUCAAUUCCUAUACCUGCUCCUCUGAUUCUGCUUUGGGUCCCACCAGCACCGAGGGCCAUGGGGCUCUCUCCCUUUCUUCUCUUAGCAGAAGUCCAGGUUCCCAAGCAGACUUCCUGCUGACCCCUCUGUCACCCACGGCCAGUCAGGGCAGUUCUUCAUUCUGCGUUGGGAGUCUGGAAGAAGACUCUCCCUUCCCUUCCUUUGCCCAGAUGCUGAGAAUUGGAAAAGCAAAAGCAGAUGUGUGGCCCAAAACUGCUCCAAAGAAAGGUGAAAACAGCUUAGGUCCUCCUGCCCCUGUGGACAGCGAUGGGGAGAGUGAUAACUCAGACCGUGUUCCUGUGCCCAGUUUCCAGAAUUCCUUCAGCCAAGCUAUUGAAGCAGCCUUCAUGAAACUGGACACGCCAGCUACUUCAGAUCCCCUCUCUGAAGAGAAAGGAGGAAAGAAAAGAAAAAAACAGAAACAGAAGCUCCUGUUCAGCACCUCAGUCGUCCACACCAAGUGACACUACUGGCCUGGCUACCUUCUCCAUCUGGUUUUCUUUUUUCUGCGCUUUUGUUUUGCUGCUGUAAUUUUUAAGUAUUUGAGUUUGAACAGAUUAGCUCUGGGGGGAGGGGGUUUCCACAAUGUGAGGGGGAACCAAGAAAAUUUUAAAUACAGUGUAUUUUCCAGCUUCCUGUCUUCACACCAAAAUAAAGUAUUGACACUCACAAGAGA